CUGGCUCAUGAAAACCUUCCCUACGUUCAAUAGCAUGUACCAAAAAUAUAUUUUCCCUCGCAAGCAAUUUGUUAAUCAUCAUCGCAUGAAUGCCAAGAAAUACAUCAUACCUGAAGUCGAAAGGAGAUUGAGAGAACAGAAUACCCCCGGCUAUGAACGUCCCAAUGACAUGUUACAGAGUCUAAUGGAAAUGUAUCCUGCUGAUGGAGACUAUGAAAUCCCAUACGAAGAUUAUGUGGUUAACUGGACUUUCAUGCUCGUUUUUGCAUCCAUCCACACUACAACCGAAAAUACCACCAUGGUUUUGUAUUGGUUGAUGAAAUACCCCCAGUAUAUUGAUGAGCUAUUGGAGGAGCAGAAGGAGGCUAUUGAAAGCGAAGGCACUAAAGGUCAAGAUCCCGAGCUGUCGUUUGAUGUGAUCAAGAAGCUCGUCAAGCUUGAUAGUUUUGUACGAGAGGUACUGCGACAGAGAACGGUAGGUUUAAGCUUGCAACACAAAAAUAUCAACAAGCAGGAUAUCGAGUUGAGCAACGGUAUCGUUAUCCCAAGUGGCGAAAUUGUCUAUUUCAAUUCUUGGGAUGUCUCUCGUGCGACUGAUCUGCAGGGCGAGGAUGCGGAAGACUUCCAACCUUGGCGGUUUGUUCAAUCUAAAAAGCAGGCCGUGCGCAUUGGAGAGGACCAUAUCUUUUUCGGCAUGGGAAAACACGCCUGCCCAGGACGCUUCUUUGCCGUUCAAGAAAUUAAGACGAUAACAUCUUUGCUAAUUUCAAGAUAUAAGAUGACUGCUGCAAGUGAUAUAACUCUUCCCUAUACGCACCGCGGCAUGCCUACGGGCGCAAUCAAGUUUGAAAAGCGUGAUAACUAGAUAUCAAAAGUC